AAACAAACUUAAUAGGAAAAAUUGUAAUAAAAAAAAUAAAAAUAGGAAAAUGUAUUAAAAAUUAAUCUUUGGCAGAAUACAAUCGAAAAUUAUUUCUCAAUUAAUGACAAUGAGCUCCCGUAACAAAACUGAUGUUAAAAAAUUAUUUGAAUAUUGGUGUGAAGUAACGAGAACGCAUAAUAUUGAAUAUACGAAUAUCGUUAAUCGUAAUGACGGGAAUUUUAUGACGCCAUUUGGCAUUAUAACUGAAAGUUUUCCGGAAAGUUUUCGCGACGAGAAAACUAUAGCCGAUAUACCAGCAUUUGCAUUUCCCUGCGAUUUUGAAAGUGAAUCCGUACAAUCUUACUCGUUCGUUCUGACCACGGAUGAUUCGAAGUGGCGUUUUGGAUUUUGUCGACAUGAUCCAAAAAGCCUGUCCACCAUGGUUAUUAUAACACUCCUGCCUUGGCAUGACACUUUCCUGAGAUUAUUGACGGUGUUGGCUGAAGUGAGGCGAUUAAAUAAAACUGAAUUUCGUCAGUUUCUCGCGGAGGUAUACAAUAGCGGAGUUCCCGAUUUGGGUUGCCAAUUGAAAUUGAUAUAUAAUGGUGGACAAAGUCAAUUUGUAUUCGAGCGGCCUAAACAAUUCCAAUUGCCCAGUAUACCAGAAAAUCAUAAUCUAAAUUUAUAUUAUAAUUUCGUGGAUCCAAAGAAUAUGAUUGCUGUAUUUGCGGCGAUGCUGGCGGAAAGACGUAUCAUAUUUACUUCGAGACGUUUAGAUCGUUUAUCGUCUUGCAUUCAGGCAGCCAAUGCAUUUCUUUAUCCUAUGGUGUGGCAACAUAUAUUCAUACCAGUAUUACCUAUGAAACUUAAAGACUAUUUAAGUGCUCCCAUGCCUUAUCUAAUUGGAGUACCGCAGAGAGUGCUAGAAACCAUGAUGCCCGAGGAAUUGGGUGAAGUGGUUAUAUUAAACUGUGAUACUAAAAUUUUUGAUAGCCCUUUUCAUGAUGUUCAAGAUAUGCCUGCCGAAAUAGUUUCACAAUUAAAAAAGCAUCUCAGUCAUUCAAAUCAGCAUAUGGGCGAUCGGGUCUCGAAAAUAUUUUUGGGUGUAUUAGUACAACUUAUUGGCGGUUAUCGUGAUGCCGUUGAAUUCCGUGAAACGGGCAAAACCUUCAAUCGGGAUAAAUUCAUUGAGUCACGACCCUCGCACCUGAGACCGUUCCUUACCAAAAUGAUGGAUUUGCAGAUAUUUCAACAAUUCAUCGACGAACGUUUGGAAAUGAUGAACACAGGUCUGGGAUUUUCCGAUGAAUUCGAACAAGAAACGGUUCGUUACGCUGAGAAAUUGAAAAAACGUGGUCGUUUCUAUCAAUUAAAAGAAAAGACUAAUCCUGCUGUUAAGUCUGCUGUUAAAUCGGUUAAGGAAAGUUCCCGGGUCGCCAAGCACGCAUAUAAAGAUCUUAAAUCCAAAUUUCGUGAUAUAACGCCACCGCAUCCGCACAACUCGCAAUUUCGUUCUCAUCUCAGUUCAAAUUCCCAACACGAUCGACUCGAUGGCAAUCACAUAAAAUCUAUCCUGGGACCACAUUCUGCUCCCAGUUCGCCGGUAUUUAAUAAACGCCCCGGCACCGGUAACAAAAUUGCUGCGCAUACUGGCUGCAUUGAAUAUACGCCUAAAGAUGACAUUAUUUGCGCAAAUCAAUAUUUGAGACGCGGACCUACAUCAUUGGCUUUAUCAAGUUCCAGUUCACAUGUUCAAGCGAAUGGCCAUUCCCUACCUAUAACUAACAAUAACCCUCACAGACUCAGCAAUCAAAUGACACCAUCGCCGGCCAUCAGUCCCGCAAGCUCUUUAUGCUCAUCCGAAAUGAAUCUAUCGCAAGAACUACAAAACCAUCCGCUAUUUAAAACUCCCCUGGUGGAUAGAAGUCUUAAGCCAAGCCAUAGCCUAGAACCUAAUCAUCGCAUAACAGCGUCACGUACUGGUGGCCAACCGCCGGCGCGUCCUCCACCACCCGCACCUCAUUUACUUCAGCAGUACCAAGAACAGAAUCAGCUUUCAAUGGCAAUCGCAAAUACUCCUACUUAUUACAAUCAUCCAUACAGCAGCAGCAAUGGUGGUCAUAAAAUGUUGGCCGGGAACAGCAAAAAAUCGCUGCCAGUAGCAUUAAAUAGUCAAACAACAUUUUUACAAGGUUUUCAAGCGAUGCCGUUACAGGAAGAUACUGGUAAAUGCCCAGCGGCUCCAAAACAAAUCGUUGUUUACACCACCGAUUCAGUUUACGAUAGGCCACCAGAUGUUCAGUCGCCGCCAGUACCCCCUAGACGGCAGAGCCAACCACUGUGUCCCAACGGAAUUGCUUGCAUCGGUGGAGGUACCGGUGCUGCAACCGUUUUAGCGUUUAGUAAUGCUGUAGCUGCUACAGCAGCUGCUGUGUCAGCGGGUUUACAUCGUUUAGAACGCAAUUGCUGGCAAGAUUACAAUGAUGCGCAGUUGCUAAGCUAUGAUACUCUACGUUCGUCAUCAUCAUCUAACAAUUUUAGUUCGUUAUCAUCAGGUUCUAGUGCUUCAUUUGUAACCGCUGCUUCAUCAUCCUGUUUCUCACUGCACCAAUCAUCUUCGCCGCCACAAAGCACUGAGCCUCCAGUGCCAGCUCCACGUUUUAAGAAAGACAAAGAGCCUCAUCAUAUGCAAAUAAACACCGGAGAGCUUGGUAAUACUGCUUCCGAAGAGGAAUCCAUAAAGGAUCUUAUAUCUUUGGACGACAGCAGUAAUACCAGUUUCGAUUUAGAGGACUUUGAUCCUCUAAAUCAAAAUGCCCGUCCCUUGCCUACUACUACUUCUACUACUGCUACUACUACUACCACUACUGCUUUAAACACCAGCCAAGCACUAAAGAACAAAUCCCCCGCCUUAGGUCCAACAUCAAAAAAUAUGAGCACAACAACAGUAAGCAGCGGCAAUAUUAGUCAUAAUCAUACAUGUUUCACUCCACAGCAUCAUUUGACAAAAUCAAACGUUGUGCAACAACGUUAUCUUCACCAGCAGCAGCAGCAGCAGCAACGACAACAACAACAACAACAAUUGCCAUUGCUUAGUGAUACACCGCCUCCGUUACCGAAGAGUGUACCGCCGCCAAUGCCACCGCCUGAUGAUGAUUUCGAACUUUUACGUAAGUAUGGACUCGAUCAGUUUACGUUGACAACAAAUUACCCGAGUACCACAACAAAUACCAUUAAUACCAUCAGCACUGCUACUGGCACAAUGAGUAUGGUUCCAAGUCAAAAAAUAAGUCUUGCCAAUACGAAUUCCAGAAAUGGUUGCUUAACUAUCACAAAUGGUAUGAAAAAUUGGACGACGUUUGAUUGAAGAUUUCUUUAUUGUAUGCAGUUACAUAGGUGCGUGAUGUGAUGUGAUGUAAUGUGUUUUUUAAAUUUAAAAAAAUGUUCGAGGAUAUAACGUCCCAGAGAUGGAGAUGGGCGAGCGACUUCGGUUUUCUUGCGCCAAGACCUGAAACAUUAUUUUAUCAUGUAAUAAAGAAAAAUCGAUCAUUUUGUAGGUUUUCAGUGCACGGAAAGUUAUGGCCGCUCCCCGACUUUUUUUUUUCUUUUUUUUUUUUUUAAGGAUAAAGGAAUGCUUUUUACAAAACCUUUAUCUUAAAUCGAAGAGUGUAAAUUCGCUUUUAGAAAUUUUCUUUGAAAGAAAAUCUUCGCAGAUUAGGUUGGAAUUAAAUCAAAUCGAAAUAGUUUUCAAAUUGUUAGUCAAACUAAAUGCGGAUCCUGUCUGAUGCGCAACUGCCAUAAACCACGUUGACUAGAUUUUCGCACUCAAUAAGGAGAAAAAAACUUACGACUGCAACUUAAAUAGAAUUUGCCCGUGUUUGGAUAAAUUAUUCGUUCACUUCACCAUUUCUGUUUUCAAACCUAGGAAAGCAUAAUUGAUGGUUUUCAGAAAAAAAAAAACAGCACAAAAUUUAUUUCAGUGUUCGCUCAGAGCCACCGGAACAGCCUACACAGAUGGUCUUUUUGACAAGUUUCUAUUUUCGAUUGAAGGGCAGUUAAAAGAAUGAUAAUAUAUGGCGAGGUUAUCGGACGCAUAUCUAUGUAUUAACCACAAAAUUAAAAUCAUUCUUGUCAGACAUCUUCAGUUCAACAGACACUGCGACACACAGUGUAAUCUGUCAAAAUUU